AUGAGAACCCAUACAGGAGAAAAACCCUACAAGUGUGACCAGUGUGACUAUUCUGCAGCACGGAAGUCCACCUUAGAUGAUCAUAAAGCAAAACACACCGGAGAAAAACCCUACAAGUGUGACCAGUGUGACUAUUCUGCUGCACAGAAAUCCAGUUUGGACUAUCAUCUUGUAAAACACACCGGUGAGAAACCCUACAUGUGUGGGGAGUGUGGGUACGGGACAGCUAGAAAGUCUUACCUAUCCGUACACAUGAGAACCCAUACCGGAGAAAAACCCUACAAGUGUGACCAGUGUGACUAUUCUGCUGCAAAGAAAUCAAGUUUGGACCAACAUCUGGCAAUGCAUGCUGGUGAGAAACCCUACAUGUGUGGGGAGUGUGGGUACAGGGCGGCUUACAAGUCUCACUUGUCCAUACAUAUGAGAACCCAUACAGGAGAGAAACCCUACAAGUGUGACCAGUGUGACUAUUCUGCAGCACUAAAAUCUAAUUUAGACACACAUCUAGCAAAACACACUGGUGAGAAACCCUACAUGUGUGGGGAGUGUGGGUACAGAACAGCUCAAAAGUCUAACUUAUCCAAACAUAUGAGAACCCAUAUAGGAGAAAAACCCUACAAGUGUGACCAGUGUAGCUAUUCUGCAGCCUCUAAGACUGCCCUAACU